UAUCAAAAACAAGUUCUUUUAGAGGAAGCCAGAAAAAAACAACAACAACUCAUUUAUCGAUGGAAGAAGCAAGCUCGAGAAAUCUAGGUACUACUUUGAAAGUACCUAGUGUUUGCGAGCUUGCAAAGCAAGAACUAGCAACCAUUCCAUCGCGAUAUAUUCGUGAUGAUUUAGAAAAGAUAUCCUCUUCCAUAUUAUUGCCUCAAGUUCCAGUGAUUGAUAUGGAAAAACUGCUGAUAAUAGGAGAUCAUGAUAAUUCGGAGCUUGAGAGGCUUCAUUUUGCUUGCAAAGAAUGGGGAUUUUUUCAGGUGGUGAAUCAUGGAGUGAGUUCAUCGUUGUUGGAGAAAGUGAAGUCAGAAAUCCGAGCAUUUUUCGAUCUACCAAUGGAAGAGAAGAAGAAGUUUGAUCAACAAGAAGGAGAUGUUGAAGGAUUUGGACAAGCCUUUGUUUUUUCUGAAGAGCAAAAGUUAGAUUGGGGUGACUUGUUUUACAUGACCACUCUCCCUACUUAUUUGAGAAAACCUCACAUAUUUCCCAAGCUCCCUGACUCACUUAGGGAGAUCAUGGAAGAACAUAGCAAGGAAUUUAAGAACUUAGCAAUAAGGAUCCUGUGUGAAUUGGCAAAGGUUUUAAGGAUGGAUGAAAAGGAAAUGAGAGAUCUAUUCAAUGAUGGUAUGCAGAUAAUAAGGAUGAAUUAUUAUCCUCCUUGUCCUGAGCCAGAAAAAACAAUUGGCAUAAGUCCUCAUUCUGAUGCUGAUGCCCUCACCAUCCUUCUCCAGCUCAAUGAAACUGAAGGUCUCCAAGUUCGAAAAGACGGUAUUUGGGUGCCUGUAAAGCCCCUCCCAAAUGCUUUGAUUGUCAAUGUUGGCGAUAUGAUGGAGAUAUUGAGCAAUGGUGUUUAUAGAAGCAUUGAGCACAGAGCAGUUGUAAACUCAAAGGAAGAGAGGCUAUCUCUUGCAACAUUCUAUGUCUUCAACCUCGACUCUGAAUUAGGACCUGCAUACAGCCUCAUUGGACCAAGUAAUCCUCCAAUUUUUGGAAGAAUUCGUGUAGGAAAAUAUUUGGAGGAUUUUUUUGCACGAAAACUUGAUGGAAAAUCGUUCAUUGAUCUCAUGAAGGUAGAGACAAAGGAUGACGAAUCCUAGGUACCAUUUGAUACUCCAGUUACUCUUUCUAUUGUAAUUUCAAGAUUCAAUGUUUGAUGGCUGUAAGCCUGUAAUAAAGAAGAACAAUAAUACACUCUCUUUUUAUGUAAUUUGAUUUUAUAAAAUGACAAUAAAUUGAGACAUAUUUGUAAA